AUGACUGCCAGACUACCUCCAGAAAGAGUUCAAGUUCUGAGAUACCAGAUUUCAGAUCUUCUAACGAAGAAAAAAAUUUCAAGCAAAGAUGGUUCUAAAAGUCUUGGGAAUCAUGGCAGCAGCAAUAAUUCUGAUUCCUCUCUCACGUCUGCGCAUGAGAAUUCUUCAGUGGCUGUUGUCCACUCAGUGGUCGAUGCAAGAACUGCCGAUGUACCACAAGAUACACUUGCAAGAAGGACCUUUGUUGGUGGCCUUACUCCACUCAAGUUUUUCAAUGACUUUUUAUGGAGAGAAUGGGAUGAUGACGACGACGACACUUGUACUGAAUAUUCUGCCCUUAUAGAAGAACGUAUUAAGCUGUAUUAUGAAAUUCAGGAUGGAACUAUUCCAGGGCCUAUUGGGAGACGUUUUCAAAGAACAUUGCAGAAGUACAGGAACAAGCAUUUUGAAUUAAUAGAAUAUCAGACUAAAGUGAAAGAUAAUCCUUCAGAAAAUGAGGCUGUGGAAUGCUGGAGGAAGUAUUUUGAAGUUUUGAUGCUUAGUGGGCUGUUGAAACUCUGGGAGGAUUUUCAGCUUAGGGCUCAUGGACCUUUAAUUCCAAGAAUACUGAAAUGCAGAAAAGGGGAUAGAGAUUCUGGGAGCGCUGUAACUCAUGUUGUAGCAAACGUUAUGACAGCUGACAUGGUCAAGACAUUUUCUUCUGGGACUUUGAUUCAACAGCAUGAUAACUUGGAUGCAGCUCUAGAAAACUGCUAUAGUGGAGAUACUGUAAUCAUCUUCCCAGGAGAAUAUCAUGCUAAAGGGCUUGCUAUGUUAACAGAUGACAUCACCAUUAAAGGAAGCACAAAGCGAGAAGAUAUUAUAAUUUCUUCAGAGCCAAUGUAUGACAGUUUUGUGGCAUCAAAAGCUCAAAAUUUGAAAAUGAUGCAUUUAACCUUCAUCCAGAAAGACACAGUGGAUGGCAUUGUUGUUGUAAAGUCUGGCCACUUGAUUUUGGAAGACUGUGUAUUAAAAUGUGAAGGCACUGGCAUUCUAGUUCUCACAGGUGCAACUCUUACUAUGAGAAACUGUGAAAUUGUAGGUGCACAGGGGCCUGGUGUUGAAUUAUAUCCUGGGAGUGUUGCAGAGCUGGAAGGGAAUGAUAUUCAUGACUGUUGUUCUCUGAAAAGUUGUGACAUACUGAAGCAUUCUUUAGGUGGAAUUAACCUGAAGGUUCUUCCUCCACCUAAACUGAAGUUGUGCAGCAACCAUAUCUACAAUAACGGUGGGUGUGGAAUUACAAUCCAUCAGCCUGAUAAAAGGUUUUGCAGUGAGUUCGAAGAGGCCUUGGGGGAUGGUGCUGCAGAAGACCAAAAAGAAGAUGGACUUUCGAAAGAGAUGCAAAACCUUUGCCUUGAAAUAAAGAACAGCAAGCUAGAGAACAACAUAGAAGGAAACAUAAGAAUAGUCAACUGAGUGCACAUUUGCCUGUAUUAAAGCAACUGCAUUGUUGUCUUUGAGAUCAGUUUGCAAAAGGUCUCUGUGAAACCGCAUUUGUGCAAUAAAUAUGCAUUGCAUUUGUAAGAGUGAUUUUUAUGAUUCUGGAUAUAUUUAGGGCAGAUUUGAUGUUGCACUGAAGACUGUAACCUGUUUGUUUCUUUCCUUCUGUUCUGAGUCUUUUAUCGCAGUUUGUUUGAAUUUUAGUAUGGUAGUUUUCUUACAUGGACUGUUUGCUUUUUUGUAGCAGUAGAAUCAUACACUUUUGCAUAUUAGUUAUUUAAGUCAGAUGAUAUUAAACAUUGUGCCUUAUUGUAAAACAA